AUGCUGGAUGGCCAGCUCUUCUCCGAGGGGCCCGAUAGCCCCCGGGAGCUCAAGGAUGAGGAGUCUGGCAGCUGCCUCUGGGUGCAGAAAUCCAAGCUGCUGGUGAUCGAAGUGAAGACUAUUUCCUGUCAUUAUAGUCGCCGCGCCCCUCCUCGACAGCUCAUGGACUUCCAGGCCAGCCACUGGGUCCGCGGGCCCCAGAGCCGCACGUGUGGGCCGCGCCCGGGAUCCCCUGAGCCGCCUCCCCGCCGGCCCUGGGCCUCCAGGGUGCUGCAGGAGGCGACCAACUGGCGGGCAGGGCCCCCGGCCGAGGCCCGAGCCCGGGAGCAAGAGAAAAGGAAAGCGGCGUCGCAGGAGCGGGAGGCCAAGGAGACCGAGCGAAAAAGGCGCAAGGCUGGUGGGGCCCGAAGGAGUCCCCCUGGUCGGCCCCGCCCGGAGCCUCGGAACGCCCUUCGGGUGGCCCACUCUGCAGGGCUCCCAGCUCCCUCAAGGCCCGAGCGCCUGGGGUCGGUGGGGCGACCGCCCCGUCCAUCCGCGCAGCCGCAGAGCAAUCCUGGGGCGCCGUGGGCGGGGCCCUGGGCUGGUCGGCGGCCAGGGCCCCCCAGCUACGAGGCUCACCUGCUGCUGAGAGGCGCUGCCGGGAUGGCCCCGCGACGCCGCUGGGACCGGCCGCCACCCUACGUGGCUCCACCUUCUUACGAGGGCCCCCACAGGACCCUGGGGACUAAGCGAGGCCCCGAGCCCUCGCAGGCGCGCGCCUGUUCAACCUCUGCGCCGACUAGGACAGAGGGAGGGUGCGCAAAGAAGAGGCUAGAUCCUCGGAUCUACCGGGACGUCCUAGGGGCCUGGGGUCUCCGUCAGGGACGGGGUCUCUUGGGGGGAUCCCCAGGCUGUGGAACAGACAGGCCAAGGCUGGAGUCCGGUAAGGGGGCUGCGGAGAAAAGCCCGAGGCUGGCUGCUGGUGUCCUGAAGAGUGGUAGCGACGGCCAUCCCCAAGAUAAAGCCGCUGGGAGCCCAGGCACCGUUCCUGCGGGGUCUGCCACUGCCACCCCUAGCCCCCCGCGUCCCACUCCCAGGUCCAGACCCCAUCUCAAGGGCUCCGGGGAAGGGAGGGAAGGGAGAGACCAGACCUGGCUCCCCAAACGCUGGGUUCCCUCCAUUAAAAAGCAGCCGCCCCGGCAUAGCCAGACCCUUCCCAGACCCUGGGCUCCAGGAGGCACGGGAUGGAGAGAGUCCCUGGGUCAUAGAGGGGAGGCAGGACCCGAGACCUUGGAGGGUUGGAAGGCGACCCGACGCCCCCACACCCUGCCCCGAAGUUCCCGUGGCCCCGCUCGUCGGGAAGGCGUCUUUGUCAUUGAUGCCACUUGCGUGGUGAUACGCUCCCAGUACGUCCCGACCCCUCGAACCCAGCAUGUGCAGCUUUUGCCCGCCGGGGUGCCGCGCCUUGUGGGGAAUGCCCCCAGCCAACCGAAACCCAAUAAAGAGGAGGGAGAGGGGGCCGCGGUCCUUCCCUCCCCUUGCCGAAAGCUGCCAUUAAGCAGUCGCCCUUCUCUCCAACCCAGUGAGGGACGCGGGCUCGAAGCUGAGGGCGGGAAGCCCGCGGACUCCUCACUGGAGGAGCGCGCCUCGCGCAUCUUGGGGCUCCCGGUUGGCGAAGUAAACCUACAGGAUCCCCCCACGCAGCCAGGUAGCCCAGAGCACUCAGCCUUAGGCCCACCGGCUUCGGGGGGAGCGCGCGGUGCCGAGGGAUCGGAGAAAGUGGCGUCCGGCCUGCGGCGCACAGGCCGGGGCUGGGCGCGAGCCCCUGGACCCUAUGCCGGGGCCCUGCGGGAAGCCGUGUCUCGCAUCCGCCGCCACACCGCCCCGGACUCCGACUCAGACGAAGCUGCGGAGCUCAGCGUCCAUAGCAGCUCUUCUGAUGCGAGCGACACAGAAGCCUCGGGCGCCUCCUGGCGGAAAGAGCGGACCGGGCCCCCGGAAGGCGGGAAGACAGCCGAGCUGAACAGCAAUGCCCGAGAGAUUGUAGGUGCCAUCAGCAAAAACGAGGAGGUCCUCUUCGGGGCGAGGGACAUUAAGGGGACUCCACAGGGAAAUAGGGAGCAACAGUGA